UUCGGUGCGAACGUUUGGACGGAACGAAAGCUUUUCCUGUCGAGCUGCAUCGUCGCUGGUCUCAUCAGUACAGAGGAGUAUAGUUCUGCAUAGAUCCCUACAACUGUGAACCCACCGGAUUAGUGUCUGUGUUCGUGUUUGACUGUGUUGGUGUGCAUUUUGCCCUCUUUUUCCCGGCAUACCGAGGGGGAUAUAUCCCACCGUUCGUUAAAGUUGACUGCUGGACCGGAAAGUCGGCCGACGGUUGAGUGUUGAAUCACGCAGUAGGCAGCCUCUGCAAUAAAAACAACAUUUGGCAGGGCCUACUACUGCUGGAGCGGGCUGCUUUCCGUUUACCGGAAGCUAUCGCAGUAGGCGGAAGGAAGGUACCGUGCGGCGGGCUCGUUAAUCUCCUGCUGCCAAAGGCAAGUGCUUCGGAAGUCCGCUUCUCAGUUGUAUCAGUGCAGGCAGUCGAUUCGGUUCACGCGAAGGGGUUCUUCUACGGAGACCCAAUUACAGCUGUGAAGGUUGAUUUGGUGUGAAGGUUUUCAGGUGCAAAGUUCUGAAUAGAGCCACCGUUUAGCGGAACCAUGACGGUUACCGAAGCUGUUGACUACGGUCAACGCUUUUGACCUUCCGCGAAAGAAGACCGAAUUAACGACACCAAAAACGCUGGUAGGCGUUUUUGAGCGGCGAAAAUUGAAUUAUAAUGCUAAACACAAUUCGCGGCUCGAGGAAGGACGCCCCCGCAGCAAAUUCAGCCUAAAACCGUGAAAUUUAGAAGAAAAGAAACCCAGAAAAACUCCAAGUGGCAACAAAUCCCCCGCGGUGGAACCACGAUUGCCACAUUUCAAAGUUGUGUCCAUUGUGUUUCGGGGAAAAGCGGAGAAAACUCGGAAAUUGAAACAAAAGAUUUUCAAACCGUGAAGCGAAGAAGCGAUCUGCAGAGGAGCUUGGAGAAUACCCACCGGGUAAUCGAAAUUCUGAAAAGCACCUAGCCGUGUCAAGUGAAGUGCUAACAUAACGACGGCGGGGGUUAAACAGGAAGCUUUGAGGCUUAUUGUUUGGAGAAUUGGCUAGUGGUUUGAUUCAAAGUGGUAGCGAAGAAUAACGAUUCUGAAUUGAGUUUUUUGGGGAAGAAAAUUUGAAACUGGCGAAACCAGUGAAAAUAGUGACAAGUGGUAUCUAGUGUGCAAACCGAAAGCUGUAACAAUCACGUGAGGCCAAAAUGAAGGUGCUUCAAUUGGGAGGACUUUGUCAGCUGAUCUUCUUGGUGAACGCAUUGGUCGUUUGUUCAGCGGAGAUUGCAAUUUCUGGUGACGAUUCCAGCACAAGCUUCGCGGAAACGAGGCACAGUGGCAAUAAGCAGUCGAAGCAUCGACAUCGACGCGAAAAUGGCGACAGUGGAGGCGGCGAAAGUCCCACCGGAGGAGGAGGACGACGAGGAGGUGAUGGGGAAUUGGAGAAUUUCAUUGCACUAGCACCGGACGAGGCGGAUAUUUAUAACUUUUCCAACAAUCUCAUCAACGCGGUGGAUAAUGAUGAUGGUGGCGGCGGUGGAACUGAGAAUGCAAAUGAAGUGAAUCCGUUUAAUGAAUUUCUUAAUCCUCGCCACUCGACGCAGCAACAGCUGCUGUUACCGCCGCCGGAAGAUCCAUGGGGCUUGGAUCUGGAUGAGCAGUUACCACCCCCGGAGCCACAGCAGCCGGACGACGAAGAACGGCAAAUGGACAACGAGGUAGACAAGAGCAGCACUACUAGACUAGAGCCAGUGAACCGGAACCAGAAGCAACUGCCGGUCGACAGUCCACUGAUGGCAAGCAGUAUCGAUUUCCUCAACUCCAUCGACGGUGGCUAUCUGCUGUCGAACGGGAUUAUCGACGAGAAGGGCACCAAAUUGAUAGAUGAUAGUGGCCUGUCAACGUUGAAACCGGUCGAUGCCGGAAGUGAUGAGGCAAGAGGUGGUAGCGUUGGAGAAGAAGUAAACGAUGAUGACAUUUUCGAACAGAUGCAGAAGAAAGCCAAAUCCUAUCGGUUGAAGCUGUACAAGAAGCACAAAAAUUUCAAGCAUAGCCAUCAUCAUCGGGGCGGAUACUACCAUCCUUCGAUGUAUCAGCAUCAUCACCAUCACUACUCUCGACAAAAAAUGCUCGAAAGGGAGAGAGACCGCUGGAAGCAAAUCCACGACCAGAUUCCACCCAGAGCAAGUAACCAGGGCCAGAUCCGAUACUUUGAUAGUUCCAACAAACUGGAGACUAAAGAUGACAUUAAAGCUCACAUCGACGGAUAUUCUAGCCCUUCCAGCCCGCAGUGGCCUCAUUUCGAUAAGGUUAUACACUCACUGAACAAAGAGCAGCCACCGGAUAACAUCCCUCCCUACAUAAAGAAAUACAACCGACGAAAUAAACAGUUGAUUGAUUUGCUUGAGGGCACCAUCGCUCCACUUUCAGAAUACAGUCAGCGCCAUCACGAAAGGAAGUUUAAUCGUAGAAAAAACCCUCUAGAGGACCUGUUCGAAGAGCAACGUCCCAGCCAGAACAAUCUUGGGCUGCAACGGAACUACAUCCAGGAGACGAUCCAAUCCUCCACCGCCCACUCGAAUUCACUUCCCGGUGAAGCAAUUCACAUAAUCUAUGACAAGAAGCACAAUGAUGAUGGCCAUGCCUACGGCCAUCCAACAAUGGCCGCCGACCAUCCUUACAAACUCUCGUCCCGAGCCGGCCAGUUUGUGUACCAUCGGGUGGUCUCUCCACAACCUGUCGGCAACGGCUACGGACGCUUGAAGCGUCAACGACUUCCGUUCGUGGCGAUAACUGACCGUCGCCUGGGAUCCCCUCCAAAGCGUCGACCCAACAACAAUAGCAGCAGCAACAACAUCAACAGCAACAACUCCGGCAGCAACAAUCUACUGAAUCACCAACCGAUGCCUUAAGCUAAGCACACCUGACACUGACACCGAAACCGGAACACUCCACAUGAUACACCACGCUCUGAUCUGAACCCUUCGUUGAACAACCACUCACACUUACACUAAAACACACACGCACUCUCUGCGGUUCCGGGCCACUCGUCUGGUUCGGAGUACGCGUUCAAGGCAGCUGUUCCUUUCUAGAAAGCACCGCGUUUUCUAGAGAUGACUACACUUACACGUUACAGUUUCAGUUUUGUGUUUCUUUCCGGAACGCUACUUAUCAACAGUUGGCGGAACUCCUUUAGGUGAUUACAAAAGGUAAACCACGAAACUAUCACGACGCGACAGUUAUGAACUGAGUGAUAUAAAAACAACCUCUCAUUGUACAGGAAAUCGUCACUGAUGCGCUUCGUCGUCUUCCAACACCGCCGCACAAGAAAUCAGAUUGCACGAAGUUAUCUUCUUUUCUCGCCUUUUUUGAUGUCAGGUUUCAAUUAGAACUUGAUCUACACCAAGGCGCGUUCAAUUCUAUAAGGUGUCCUAUUAUACUCACUUUGUGGAGAAAACCAGACAGGGUAGGUGAGGAAGGGCUGGUCGUCUUGUUUACAAACAUCUGAGACAGGUAGUCGAGAGAUUGACUCAUGAUUGGUUGGAGAAACAGUGUUGUCAAGAAUUAUUCCAAUCUGGUCGCCCCUGCUCCUUGUGUGCUCUGCUCCUUUCUUUCUUUUUUGACAAUUUCGUCCGCACUGAUGGCAGCACAGCUAGUUUCAAUUUCAGCAUCUUCCAGGCAAGGCAGUAAUGUUUGUAAACAAAACGGCCAGCAAGUUAAAAAUGGCCUCCAAGCCGCUUUCGCCAAGUGAUUACACCUUACUCUGGUUACAGAGUAAAAUGCACACACCUUGAUCUACACAGUCAAUUAGGUGUAAAUCGUGUGAUGAUGAGUUCUACACGCUGUGAACUAGUCUAUCGAAAUUCAUCCAUUUUGCCUUAUGAAAGGUGGAACGAUAAUUGACUUUGCCUUUAAAAGAUCUUCAUUUUUUGUUUUUGUAGGUGUA